AUGCCGAACAGUAAGUCAUGUAGGGCCAGAAUGAUGACGUCUGGUGACGCACACGUGUACCCUGCCAAUUCUUGACUGUUUGUCAUCGUGUUGCAGAUGCUCCGCUCGUCAAACAGUCGGCAGUACGAGGCUACGGCGCAGUGGUGCAUCUAUGCGAGCCAACGCUUGCGGCGAGGGAGAACACAGCAGAGCAGGUGCUCGAAGACCUGCGAGCGCAAGGCUACCAAGCCACUUUUGUUCAUCCGUACGACGAGCCGUGGGUUAUUGAGGGUCAAGUGAGUACGCAGCUGUAAGAGACUAUGGUGCAGAUUGUACAUCUUGUAAGAUGGACCAGGCGCGCUCGCGACGCUGAUACUGCCCCACAUCCGGUGGACAGGGCACCCUAGCUUUGGAAAUGUACGAGCAGGUGCAGAUGCUUGAACAUCGUCCCGGCUGUAGCCAUGCUGCUUCGACAGGCACACAGCGAGAAAAUGCCUGGCUGCGACGUUCAGAUUCUCUUCCGCGGUGUGAUUUCGUGAUUGGACCUGUGGGGGGAGGCGGGAUGAUGAGCGGAUCGAGCACAGCUCUCAAGGAGUUGGAUGCGAGGAUCGAUGUGAGGGCUGCCGAGCCUCUUGGUGAGUCACGCUUGCCCAGUGUGCUAGGACCAGCUUAGAUCCAUCUGAUGUACUGUGUCAUGUCUUCUCGCCGUUGUUUCGUUCUCAGGCGCCGAUGAUGCAUCUCGGUCCUUCCAAUCUGGCAACGUCGAGCCCGCCAUCGUCCCAGCCCAGACCAUCUGCGACGGCCUGCUCACAGCACUCUCAUCCCGUACCCUGUCAAUCUUGCAAAGCAAUGUCACCUGCGUGCAUCUGGUCGACGACGCCUCCACACUCCGCGCCAAUCGACUGCUGCUCGAGAGGCUCAAGCAGGUCGUUGAACCUAGCGCGGCUACGUCUUUAGCGGUCGUUCUCUCCAACAAGGACUUCCAAGAGGCAGUGCGGCAAAAGACCAAAGCGAUCGGGCGUCUAUCGUCGCAUGAGAGCUCGCAAUCGGCGGCGACAAGUCAGCAAGGCAUAGAAAUUAGGAUAGGCUGCAUCUUGACGGGCGGCAACGUGGAGCUGGGCAAGCUCAUCCAAGCCAUAGACGGGGCGGAAGGCUGA